AUGUCGGUAGAUAAAGAUCUUUCAUCGGAACCAGAAUCCAAAAAGCAGAAGAAAGAACCCUCGUUUACAUUGUUGCCUCCUGAUAACUGUGGUCACUGGUUCAUUCGUUACGGAGUCUGCACCGUCUGCAAAUCAAAGGUGGACAAAAAUAGCCAAGGCCGAGCACUCGACUAUCAUUGCGACGGUUUACAGCUAAGCCAAGAGGCUUUAGCGUUAACCAAGCGUCUCACAACCAACUUCUCUUGUCUCAACAUGAAGAAGCUUCACCUUGUUCUUGACUUGGACCACACGCUUAUCCACUCCGUUAGGGUUCGAUGUCUCUCCGAAGCAGAGAAGUAUCUCAUCGAAGAAGCGGGUUCGACUACAAGGGAAGAUCUAUGGAAGAUGAAAGUCAGGGGAGAUCCCAUACCCGUAAACAUUGACUACUUGUUGAAGCUACGGCCUUUUAUUGGAGACUUCUUGAAAGAAGCCAACGAGCUGUUCACAAUGUAUGUUUACACAAAGGGUACUCGCAGAUACGCUAAAGCCAUUUUGAAGCUGAUUGAUCCGAAGAAACUCUAUUUUGGGCAUAGAGUGAUAACAAGAAACGAGAGUCCUCAUACGAAGACACUUGAUUUGGUUUUGGCUGAUGAGCGUGGAGUGGUGAUUGUGGAUGAUACUCGUAAAGCUUGGCCCAAUCACAAGAGUAACCUAGUGUUGAUUGGAAGGUACAAGUAUUUCAGAUUCGAAAGCCGAUUGUUAAAGCAUCACUGGGAGGAGAAAACAGACGAGAGUGAAAACAACGGUGGACUGGCCAAUGUUUUGAAACUACUCAAGGAAGUUCACCGUAGAUUCUUCAAGGUCGAGGAAGAGUUGGAGUCACAGGACGUUAGGUUGCUGCUGAAAAAUAAAAUCAUGUCCGUUUUUGAAAAGUUUUCUUCGGGACCACAAGCUAAAAGGCAAAAGAUCGAUCCAAAGAUCAACGAGUCAUCGUUAUCGUUAUCCUCUUCUUCUAGUAGCUGUGCUCACUGGUACGUUCUUCAUGGAAGCUGCAUAACCUGCAAAUCAACAGUGGACAAAAGCCAUGGCCGAGCAUUCGAUUAUAUUUUCGACGGUUUACAGCUAAGCCACGAAGCUGUGGUGUUAACCAAGUGCUUUACAACGAAAUUCACUUGUCUCAACGAGAAGAAGCUUCACCUUGUACUUGACUUGGACCACACGCUUCUCCACACUAAAGAGGUUCCACGUCUCUCCGAAGCAGAGAAGUAUCUAAUCGAAGAAGCAGGUUCAACAACGAGAGAAGAUCUAUGGAAAAUCAAAGCCAGUGGAGAUCCAAUGGAAUUUUUGACAAAGCUACGACCUUUUGUACACGACUUCUUGAAAGAAGCCAACGAGAUGUACACGAUGUAUAUUAACACAAAGGGUAGUCGCGUAUAUGCUAAGCAUACCUUGGAGCUGAUUGAUCCGAAGAAACUCUAUUUUGGGGAUAGAGUAAUAACAAAAGACGAGAAUCAUUAUACAAAGACGCUUGAUUUGGUUUUGGCUGAGGAGCGUGGGGUGCUGAUUGUGGACGAUACGUCUAAUAUUUGGCCUGACCACAAAAGUAACCUAGUGGAUAUUAGCAAGUACAACUAUUUCAGACUCAAAGGCCAAGAGUCAAAGCCUUACUCAGAGGAGAAGACAGACGAGAGUGAAAGUGACGGUGGGUUGGCGAAUGUUUUGAAGGUGCUCAAGGAAGUUCACCGCAGAUUCUUCAGCGUCGAGGAAGAGUUGGAGGCAAAGGACGUUAGGUUGCUGCUACAAGAAAUAGACUUUGAACUCAACGAAGAAUCUGUAGAAUGAUCUCUUUCUGUCUUCUAAACUUUGUAGAAACUUAAUAUAAGCAUUGCAAGCUUUGUCUAUUUAUAAAAUAUGUUUGCAAAGAUACAUUGACUACCAAGACUUUAAAACAUAUACGGUGAAUGUGGGUGAUUCACUAGUUAAUUAAAAGCUCAAACAUACGUUGAUCAGUUGAUUUAAUCAUUGGCACACUCCUAGCAAAAUACAAGAAAGAA